CACAGCAAGCAAAGACCAAAGCCAGUCCAGCAGCACCUUCUCAGCUUCAAAAUGCGUUUCAGCAACAUUCUCGCAGCCUUGGCUCUUGGAGUCUCCUCGGUUCAGGCGUGGAACCGUAUUGACAAGGACAAUGCGGCCCUUCUUGUGAUUGACCACCAGGUCGGUCUCACCCAGCUGGUGCGCGACUACAGCACCAACGACUUCCGCAACAACAUCAUUGCCCACGCCGCCAUCGGCAAGGCCUUCGACCUUCCCACCAUUUUGACCUCCUCCUCCGAUACUGGCCCCAACGGUCUUCUUCUCAAGGAGAUCACCGACAUGCACCCCAACGCCACUUUCGUCCGCCGUCAAGGUGAGGUCAACGCCUGGGACAAUGCUGAGUUCCGUGCUGCCGUCAAGGCUACUGGCAAGAAGCAGCUGAUCAUCGGUGGAAUUGUCACUGAAGUUUGCAAGCUAAUUAUCCCAGGCACCGCUUUCUUGGCUCUCUCCCUGAUCGAUGAGGGCUACGAGGUGUAUGCCAACACCGAGGCCAGCGGUACAUUCGAUGCCAAGCUCGCCAUCGAUGCCAACCGCCGCAUGGAGAAGGCCGGUGUCACGCUGAUGGGUAUCUUCGCCAUUGUCUGCGACCUCAUGCGCGACUGGCGCAACACCCCCGGCUUGAACGAGCUCCUCCCCUGGUUCGACCAGUAUCAGUUCGCUUACGGUCUGGUUGCUCGCCACCACGCUGGUGCCAUUCUCAACGGUACCCUGUCUGCUGUCGAGGAGACUCUGAUCUAAACCUUAUCCGCCACUCGGGCACUCCGGGCCUGAUGGCCUGUAGAGCACAUCUGGAGAUGGUGGCUUUUGCCCUUGGUGGGUAUCCGACCGCAGCCCCCUUGUCAAGAUAAGCCUCGGAUUUGGUUCUAGUGGCUCUCGCUGUGGUCUUGGGUGUUCGAACUAUAGUG